GGAAGAUAACCACUCGAGCGCCGACGUGGCGACCCUAGCAGUGCCACGGGCAUUGCGCACCCCGCGCAUUCAAGCGGCUCUCACUUUUAUUUCUUUGAUGCACUCUUGCACGCGCCUCCCUUCUCAGUUCUCGCUCUAUCACAGAACUCCUUAAGCCGCAAACCUGAUCUUAACGCUAAUCCGUCUCCCUCUUCUAUCGACUGAACUUUGUAUAUCGGAACCUAAUUUUUAUUUUCCCGAGCUUUAAUUUUCGAAAUCCCGACCCCACAGUCCCCAGCCGCCUUCAAUAGAAUCCUGAAUUUCACAGUUUUCGGUUUUGCGGCAUCAGGACCCUAAGUUCGCAAAAUCAAAGCCCUAAAAUCGAGUUUUUCUUUUGAGAAACUGAAGCCUUAAAUUCAUACUUUCUUUUCCAUGGCUGUUCUUGCUGUUACUUUCUAGUUUCAGCUUAUAAGCCAAGCUUGAUUCGGGUUUGAGUCGAAAUAGUUAACAUUUUCAACCUUUUAAUUUGAUUUUGUUUUGUUUUGUUUUGUUUUGUUUUUGUUUUUGACUGUUGUCCGUUUGCUGCUGGUGUGCUUGCUGUCUUCGUUUGAGUGGCGAAGAAAAAAAGAAGCUUUGAUUCGAUGCAGAUGUCUGUAGAUAGACCGUUCGAAGCGUGGGAAGAGGUGCAGCGCCAUGGCCAGGAUUUGGCGGACAGGCUUGCACAGGGCUUCACGGGAUUAAUUCAAUCUCACAUGAAUCCGCCGUCGUUCUCAUGGCCCGAGACGCCGAAACUUUUUGAAGUUGAGUUUCCCAACCAGAGCUUCGGAAUAAAAGACUUUGGGCUUGUGACUGACAAUUCAGGAAUUAGUGGUGUGUCAGCCAUUCUGGAUAUCGGUAACAGGCUAGGGCAGGCAGGGGCUGAUUUUGGGGCUUGCGUAAAUGGGAUGGUCCAGCAGUUCUUCCGGAGGUUGCCGAUGCCAUUCCAUCAAGAGGAGACUGCCGUGACAUUGUCUCGGACAAAUAUGAGAGCUCAGAUGGUUAAUAUAGGCGCUGCUAGUCAGGAGGAUUGGGGAUCUUUGGCGAAGCGGUUUAGGGACAUUGGUUUUGUCGAGGAUGAUCCUUCUUCGGAUGAACUGGUGGACGAAGAAAGUUCUGGCUUUAAUAUAAAGUCAGUGGGGCAUUUUGGUAGAUCUCAGGGGACCAUUAAUGUUACAUCAACUUAUGAUAGUAGGACCUGUGAUGUGGAAAGUUCUCUAGUUGCAAGGGGAGAUUUUUGGCGAGUAGAGGCUUCCCGUGGUAGUUCCACAUCGGGAACUGGAAAUUCAUCUAUGUUCCUUGUUCAGCUUGGACCGGUGCUCUUUGUUCGGGAUUCAACACUUCUUUUGCCAGUUCAUUUGUCAAAGCAGCACUUGCUUUGGUAUGGUUACGACAGGAAGAAUGGAAUGCACUCUCUUUGUCCAGCUGUAUGGUCGAAACAUAGAAGAUGGCUGUUGAUGUCAAUGAUCUGUCUCAAUCCUUUGGCCUGUACAUUUAUGGACUUGCAAUUUCCCAAUGGGCAGCUAACAUAUGUAUCUGGUGAAGGGAUAACUACGAGUGCAUUCCUUCCUGUUUGUGGUGGCCUGCUUCAGGCUGAGGGUCAGUAUCCAGGAGAAAUGAGGUUCAGCUUUUCUUGCAAGAACAAAUGGGGUACACGCAUUACACCAAUGGUACAAUGGCCUGACAAAUCAUUCACUUUGGGUCUUGAUCAAGCCUUAGCCUGGCGAAGAUCUGGUCUCCUGAUGAGGCCUACACUUCGGUUCAGUGUAAGCCCCACUUUUGGCGGAAGCAGUCCUGGGUUGCGAGCAGAACUUAUUCAUUCUGUAAAAGAGCAACUGAGUUUGAUCUGUGGUUGUGCACUCAUGGCCUAUCCUUCUGCAUUUGCUUCUAUAUCUAUUGGCAGGUCCAAAUGGAAUGGAAAUGCUGGGAGAUCGGGGAUAGUUGUAAGAGUGGAGACCCCCUUGUCUAAUGUUGGCCGGCCUGCACUCUCCAUUCAGUUGAAUAGUGGCAUUGAAUUUUGAUUUUGCAUCCACUUCCGUUCACACAUUGUCCAUAGUCCACAAGCUUUUUACACAAGAUGUCAAUAUUUGUAUGCUACCUGUGAUACGCUUCAAUGAAAUGCAUUCCCCAUCUCUCUGUCUGAUGAUUUCUUCAAAUUUUAAAUUCUCAGGAGAUAACUUUUGUCUUUUUGCCACAAAAUUUGUACUCAAGAGACAAAUUUAUCAAGCAUUCCGUGUAUAAAUUUGUAAAAUUAUAUAAAAAACACUUUUUUCUCCCCCUAAA